CUUCAAAUCGUUUCUAUCCUAACCCUAACCGCUUUCGCGCGAUUGACUGAUUCGUCGCAUUGUAUCGACGAUAAUUUACGCGAACGCAACGAAUUUCUCUUGGGAAAUGAUGAGCUAAUUAAUUUCAAAAGGAGUCUAUCUUUGAAAUUAAUUUUUCAUAACUCUUUCUAAGAGGGACUCAUUCAUGAUAUUUUCCACACAUGUUGUUCUGAGUAUAAGUAUCAAAAAGAUACAUGUAAAGUUUGAAGAAUAAGUUCCUUUUAGAAAAAGAGAAGAAGUUAUGAAAAAUUUAUUUUAAAAGUAGUUGCUCUGCGAAAUUAAUUUGCUCAUAACUUUCCAAAAGGUACACAAAUGUACCAUGUUCAUUUGGAUUUUAUCAUAGAUGUGAUACAUAGGAGUUUUGGAGUGAUAGCUACAACGAUAGAUUUAGUCCAUGUAACAAUAACAAUCACGCGAUUCUCGAAAUUACGCCGGAAAUGUGAGGAUACUUAUAUGCAAGGAUACUGCAUAAAGAAUAAAAGAAUAUUACACUUAUAUAACUGUAAGAUAUCAAACGUGAAACCAAGGCUCACAUAACUGAUUGUGACAAAUAAAGAAUUUAAAGAAUCUAUAUAAAGGACAGCAAACUCAAUGCACACUUUGUGAGGCUCAACAAAGCUUCGAAAUGAAGAUCUACAUGUUCAUCCUUUUGCCGAUUGUGAUUGCAGCUGUUUUUACACUUCCCAUCGAAGAUAAAAUGUCCCUGGAGUCGCGCCUGCUGGCAAAUGAAGAUAAAUCCUUAAAAUUUGCACCUGUCGAAGAACACCAUCGCGCACGUAGGAUCGUCUGUGACCUUCUUGAUGGUUUUGGUGUUGGUCACAGCGUUUGCGCAGCCUAUUGUAUUACCAGAGGACACAAAGGAGGAUAUUGUACUACGACUGGCACUUGUGAAUGUCGCACGGAGCAAUGUGGUCAAUUGCAAGCGGAUAAUACUGUCAACGAGAUUUCUUAAUAAUUAGAAUAAUUAAUUAGACAAUAAAAAGAAAAAGAAAGAAAAACGAACGAAAGGUUUGGCAAGGAAUAAAACUAUUGCCAGUGUUGGUCACACUGACAUUCAUUACGUUUAUUGGUCUUAUAACAUAACCUCUAAUGAGAGAGCGUGAUGAUCCGGCACCGAUUAUUAAUCCAUAUAAUAAACUAAUUAAAGAAGAAGCAUAAUAAUCUAAAGACGGAAAUUGAAAGAAA